CUUUCGAGAAGUUAUAGGCGCUGUUUGCGACAUUUUUCUUUCUUUAUCCGUCAUCCAAUGUUUUGUGUAAUGAAAUAACACGUUGGUUAGCGAGUAAUUUCGAUCCUAGUGUUCAUAGUCGUAAUUAAGUAACCGCUAGAUUACGAUUAAUUCUAAUAUGGGCGACGAAAGCCACCCGAAAACUCUCUACGUCGGUAAUUUAGACGCGAGUGUCACAGAAGAUUUUCUAUGCGCGUUGUUCGGCCAAAUUGGCGAAGUAAAAGGUUGUAAGAUAAUCCGUGAGCCCGGAAAUGAUCCUUAUGCGUUUCUCGAGUUCACGAAUCACUCGGCGGCGGCUACGGCCCUGGCCGCCAUGAACAAGCGAGUGUUUCUGGACAAGGAGAUGAAGGUUAACUGGGCGACGAGUCCCGGGAACCAGCCCAAGACGGACACUAGCAACCACCACCACAUAUUCGUCGGUGACCUGUCGCCAGAGAUCGAAACGCACAUACUGCGAGAGGCUUUCGCGCCCUUUGGUGAGAUCUCAAACUGCCGGAUAGUCCGCGACCCACAAACGCUCAAAUCUAAGGGGUACGCAUUCGUUUCGUUUGUGAAGAAGGCUGAUGCCGAAGCGGCUAUUCAGGCUAUGAACGGACAGUGGCUAGGGUCGAGGUCCAUACGCACUAACUGGUCGACACGCAAGCCGCCGACUAACAGGCCCAGCGAGGGUGCGCCGAGCAGCAAGCGAGCUAAGCAGCCCACAUUUGACGAGGUGUACAACCAGAGCUCACCAACUAACACAACUGUUUACUGCGGGGGCUUCACCAGCAAUGUUAUCACUGAGGAUUUGAUGCAGAAUACAUUCUCACAGUAUGGCCAGAUACAGGAUAUUAGAGUAUUCCGAGACAAAGGCUAUGCGUUUAUUAGGUUCACAACUAAAGAGGCGGCAGCACAUGCCAUUGAGGGCACACAUAACACAGAGAUUAGUGGACAUGCAGUAAAAUGUUUCUGGGGUAAAGAAAAUGGAGGAACGGGAGAGAGCCAGAGUACACCAAGCACCACAGCAGCUCCGCCCGCCAUGGGCGCGCAGACGCAGGGGUACCCCGGCUACCCGUACCAGCAGCAAGGCAUGGGAUAUUGGUAUGCCCAGGGCUACCCCGCGAUACAGGGCUACAUGGCCCCCGGCUACUACCAGCAAUACGCCACCGCCUAUAGCAAUCCACAGGCCGCAGCAGCAGCGGGCUACCGCAUGAGCAUGCCGGGCGGCGGCGGCUGGAGCGGGCCGCAGCCGGCCCCCCUCGUGUACCAGGCCGUGCCCUCCGCGCCCACCUACCCCUCGCAGUAGCGCGCGUGCCCCUCGCCGUGCCCCGCGCCGUGCCCCGCGCCGUGCCCCGCGCCGCCGAGCCCGCCUGCGACCACCACUCGGUACACCGUCCGGAGGCCUGAGCAACUACCCUCGUAAGACCGUGACAGACUAUUAGCCCGGUUUCAGAUUAGCGUUUUAUACGAGCGUAUAAGCUCGUUUUUAGAAGCGCGCGUAGGAACAUACGCUCGCGUGCCAUUCGCACCGCGCUGAUAAGCUCGUGCCGUGCGAGCUGACACGCACCGGUUCGAGCGCACACGCCGGUGUAAGCUCGUAUACGAACAUCCGGAGUUUUGAAGCGCGCGUAUACGAUCGUUUGCCGAAAUGACCGUAUACGCGCGUAAAAUUACACUAGUCUGGAACCGCUGUUACAGUCGCCAUCGGAUACAUCAGAGCGCCCACGGUAUUCAUUAAUAUCUGAGCGAAGCCUCUGCUAUCGCCGUUGAGGGCAUGUUUAGAUAUAUUUGAGCACCUUGCCCGCUCCGAUAUAUCCGAUGGCGAGUGUAGACUGAAAAUUGAACUGUACACUAAAAGAGUAGCACCUCUUUUUGCUUUGCUAAUUCAAAAUAAUUUCAAAUUAAACAACUAAGUUCAAGUUUCCCGAAUAUUUUGUAUUGUGGGCAGUAUGAGGGUAUCUAUUUAGGUCAUUGUUAUCUCAGCAAUUAUUAUAAUAGUGUAAAAGCGGUAAUAAUGUUCGGUUAACGAUGAUAUAAACGGUGGAAGUGCUCCAAAACUCCUCCAUACAAUUUUGUAGCGCGUAGGGCCUCUAAACAUCUACACGGUUUGUCGAUGCGUUAUGCUGGUUAUACGGAAAAAAUAUUAGGCCGGAUUUACCAAAAAUACUCUGAGUUUUACCCACAGAAGUAAAUUCAAGACGAUAUGUAUGAGAUAUAUCAAUAUCAUUAUAUCAUACAAAUACCUACGUCCAAACUUACUAAACUUAAUAUGGCUUUCGAGGAUUGGCACAUACACAAUUCUUCAUUCGCUUGCUUAACUUGAAUUCAGUUACCAAAUAUAAGUAAAAAAUUAUGCGGCAAUGAAUUGCUUUUCAUCGCAAAGUAAGUGCCAAUCCCCUGAUCUUCGUCCAAAAAUGACAGUCGCUCAAGCCUUCCCAAUGUCUUCAAAUCUCGUCUUAUGUCUUAAACCAGUACUUACAGUAUCAAAUGACAUACUUCGUCGUUUUGAAAUUGAUUCUCCAAAUGCACAUUUUUUUUUUCAAAAUAGUGUCGAACUGUCAAGAUGGUGAAUACACUUGAUCAUAUGUGUAAAGUUAAAAUAUUCCAUAAUCCAUUAGAAUACAGUUGAAAUUUGAGUAAAAUUGACAAGUAUGGUAAAUACGUUCAACCUUGUGAAGUAUCUCAGAGUAUUUAGAAAGAAAGAAGAAAUCUCCAAUAUUCUGAAAUGACUUAUUUUUCACAAAUAUUAGUAAUAUGUUCUUUAACUAAGGCUGUUUCCACUAUAUCGUAACGACAGUCGUACCAUCCGAUAUGUAAACACAUCCGUUACCGUUAUGGUGUGAACAACUCUAUUUAAACAUACAUGCCACGACGCACGACUGUCUUUCGUCAAGCUUGGCUCACUCCGCGGUGUCGUCGCGUCGCCAAGUGCACGCGGCCGCUCCAGCCCCGGUGUCUAGCAGCAGCGGCGGCCGCGCACCAUCUUGCGGUCAUAUCUGUCGUAAUAGACGCGUUUUGUUAGAGUGAACCUUCUUUAAUCUUUAGGUAUUUAAACAAAAGUAAACAAAAUCUACUCUCAAAUGACUUCUUAAGCCAGUUGAUGGUAGAUGAAAACAUUACAUGAUCAAAUAAUGUAGGCCAAAGUCUGGUCGGCCAGUGACAGAUCCAGGUGGUUUUGUAUUUGAUUGGUUAACCAAUAAAUGUAUUAACUACCCGACAAUUUACAAAUUGUUUACUUUUAUUUGAAUACCUAAAGAUACAGAGUAUAGUACUAUUAUUUAUUCUGUGCUGUUGUUACGACUUAGUGGGAACGCGGCCUUACAAAAGCGAUUGAAGCGAAUGAUGUCAUCAUUGAAUACAUUUUCGAAACUUGGUAUCAUCAUUUUGGGCUUGAAUGACCAAUUAGAAAAAUACAGAGAUACUGUUAAAUCAGUAAAGUUUUCGUAUAACGUCGCGGCGCUUGUAAAUUCCGACAUGUGCUCGAUUUUUGAAAACCGAAUUGAAAUCUUAAGAACUCUGUAUAAGGUUUUAAUUACAAGCGCAACGACGAAUAUAUUAUUUUUAUUGAAACAUUUAUUCGAAAAAGCUAGAUUAAUAUAACAGUGUAUUGUGUUCGUAGAUUAUUCCAUUCCAUUAUAGUUCUCUAUAUCAAAAGUGCCAGUAUACCACUACCAGAAGAAGUUAUAUGAACAAAAUUAUCUGCACAUGUGUAGUAAAGAUACAUGCGGAUAUGAUAGGUUACAUCCAUAUCAAAUCAGUAUCCCUACUACGACUUUAACACCGCCAUAUUUGCUAACGACUGCGUAAAGUACCUUACAUUGCAUCUUUUGGUACUGACAUUUAUGAAAGAGAUGGCGUAGUCACUAGCAAUUGAGGCUAUUGGUUCAGUGACGGACUUAAAUUGUUGAGCCAUUUAGGGUUCAUACUAAUUUGGUUGUCGGUAUGAAAUGUCCAAUGUAAAGUUAACCAUAAAUGGCUUAACAAUUUUAUUAAAUUAUGUAGAUGUGACCAGAGUGUUUGUGUUUUGGUAUACUGGCAGUUUGAUUCAGUGUACGAUUCGAAUCUUAAGCAAUAUUAGACUAUAGUAAAGUGCCUGACAUAACCAAGAAAACUGGAAUGAUUCAAUUGUUAGGAACAUAUGAGGCUGCCAUUAUUCAGUUCUAAGAAUAUUCCUUUGAAUUGCUCUACAUUUUAUUGGAAAAACUUCCUUUUUCAGGGCGGUUUCAAAUUAGCGUUUUAUACGAGCGUAUAAGCUCGUUUUUAGAAGAGCCCGUAGGAGCAUACGCUCGUGUGCUAUUCGUACGAGCGUUGUCGCACUAUUAUUAGUGCGACAACGCUCGUACCAGCCGCGCGAGCUCACACGCACCGAUUCCAGCGCAUACGCCGGUAUAAGCUCGUAUACGAACGUCCAGAGUUUUUAAGCGCGCUUAUACGCUCGUUUGCCGAAACCAUCGUAUACGCUAGUCUGAAACCGCUCUCAGUCUUUACAUACAAUACUAUGACAGCCUUGUUCGGAGGACAAUAAGUUUUGUCACGUUUUUUCGCUUUUUGAGUUCUGUGAACUAUUUUAUCUACAUUGUCAAUAACCUACAGUCUAUAUUUCACUAAUUCGUCUUCUGGAAAGUUGUCACAAGUGCGCAAAAAUAUCUGAAACAACCAUAGACACAACGACAUAAAAGCGUCUAAUAUAUUUUUGCAGGUGUCUGUAUAGUCGCCAUCAGAUCUAUCGAAGCAGCCAAGGUGCUCACAAAUAUCUGAACACGCCGCUAUUGUCAAAGAGGCGUGCAAAGAUAUUUUUGAGUACAUCGGCCGCUCCGAUAUAACUGAUGGCGACUGUAUACCUCAAGAUACGAUUAUACUCAAUUGCCAGAAGAUAUCUGACGAUAUGAGGUUGUUUUUGGAAUUAUUAAAAAAGCAGUUGGUGGACCAAUUCUGACUUUAUGGAGGGUUAAAAUAUAUACCGUCAAGUGGGGUGAUUGGGGACAAAGGGAUAACAUUAGACAAUUUUUUUUACUACCAACUAAUCUAGUUAGCUAAAAAAUGGACGCUAGAUAAUACUGGUAAGUUCUGAUUCAAAGAUUGUAACAAAUACACUGCUGUCCACCACAUUCAUAUGGAGAAUAUUUACCGUCUGAUAACAUUAGAUCCUCUUGUUUCCAGUUAUCCCAGGUGACUGUUCACUAAAGUGCAAUAAAAAUAGGUCACUAUAUGCAAUGUUUUGUAGAAAGCGACCUGGCUUAUUUGCGCUUGUAAUGUAAAUGAUAGAGAACGAAAGCUUAGAAGUUUCAUUAUAACAAGCUGAAAUACUAAUUAGACUUUAAAACCUUUGGGAUUGGAUGGCAGGCAAGUCAAUAAUAACUAUGGAUAUAGAUGUUGUUACCUGAAACUCGUAGUCUCAUUUCCUAUUUAUGGCGUUUUGAAUACUCGUACAUAUCUCGAUUCGUAGCGAAAAUAUAAUUUAUAGACAUAUAUAUAACCGCCUCGCGAGGAAAAUGCCGCGCGAAGAAGCUCGGUCUGUGUAGACGUGCCUCGGGCGUAGCAAACGCACUCGCGGCCGCAAUGCCUCUGGCGAGGCGAGUCUCCAUCGACCGAGCUUGCUUGGCGCGGCAAUUUCCUCGCUAGGCGGCUCUUUCUGUGUGGACAAAUUAUAAUUUGACUUGCGAAACAAUCUCAACUGUUUUGACUCCCUAUUUCAUCGAUGAUGACGGAUGUUCUAUCUAAGACGUUUUAGGUUCAAUUUUUAUUGGAUUUAGCUUUUUUGACAGUCUACUAUAAAAUUAAGACCGAUGUAUAAAAUAUGUCCUAUGCAUACCUGCAUAAAUAUAAUUCCACUUUGUAGAAAUACAGAAGUAUUUUAUACGGAAAAAUGUAACAUACUUAUCGGCAAUAAGGUACAUGUAAUUAUAAAGUCGUUGGUAAAGUUAUUAAGGCUGUUCACACACAGACAUCACCAGCCGCGGCGAGCUGAGCUACUUUGAAUCGUCCUGCGUCGGCUUGCUUACAUGGUUAUCUGUCAUUACCGUGGUAUCAGUGUGUGUACAUCCUAAAGGUGUUGCACGCCAUUAGUCAGUUUCUAUACCUGUCGCAUAUAAAUAUUAUUAAUUUAAUAUAAAAAUCGAGUAGUUUGGCAUAAGGUAUAGAAACGAGCUAGGUUUUAUUUAAAGUGCUAUCCUUUCUAGAAGACUAGAACCCAAAGCAUGGUAAGAAAAAUAGAAUUGUAAUGUUUUCUACGCAACGUAACUGUAAGGGUUCUAUCAUUAUUUAGUAUGACUGUCAACGAUCUGUAUUUUAUAGGACUAUUCUUUAGAUGUAUUUGUUUUUGAAAUGAUUAUUGACAGAAGGUACAAAUUGUUAAUGUCAUUGAAUGGUGAACUGAAGGCCUAACCUUCGUGGUUAUUGGAAGACCAUAUACUAAGAUCGGCACUGUCAGAAACUGCACAAAACCGUAUACCGACCAGUGGUCUGGGGUCGUAGAGAGGUUACCAGUGUAAAGCUAUGUCCACAUUUUACUUUUCAUUCAAGGGCAUUCGCCAUAGCGCAUUCAACAGUUAACACAUUGAGUACCGGGAACUCGCUCGGCGGGUUCUCUGUUCGUAGUCGCUUUCCUCUACAAAGCGGGAAAACGCUGGGAUCGGCUACGAGCGUAGCGCUACGAAAACGUUGGUAGCGAAUGUGUUAAAAUAAUUCGCGGAAAAUUCGCUCGACGUGGUUUAGUGGACAUGUAUAAAUGUGGACUGAACAUGUUUAGUAACUGGCACGACCACUGGCAAGGUAACUCGCCUUAUAAAUUAGUAUCACAUCAUCCGAUACUGGCCAAAUUCCUGUACAUUUUGUACGUCUAGAAUAGGCAGUUAGCGGCGUUCAGAGGCGCCGGCACCUACAUAGAUAGGACAUAACGAAAUAAAUUAUAAAUUUUUAAAAAACGUUAUAAAUAUAUAGUGGAGGGCACGAUAAUCUCGUGUACAUAGGUUGAUAUUUAUUGCCCGCCCGGACUGAGCCUCCGCUAUAACCAGACCGUAUUUAUAAGUUCGCACAUGUUGUUUUGUUUGACGAAUUGUUAUGAUUUAUUGUAUACACUGGUAAGUCAAUAAAGCAGUGGGUCUGGUAAUGGGUGUUUGAUUUGACGUAAUUGUCUAGCCGUAUGUUGUUGUGUUGAUUUCUGGGUCCCGGAACCCGCUUUUGGCUCAGGUGCAUGUUACUUUAACCUUUUGAACGCCAAGAACACCUAAAGGCUUCGUAAUUAGUCGUGUACCGUCACGGACAACUAUAGGUGUUAUGGCGGACGCUGUCAAGUAAACUUUCACACUUUCUAGUAAGGUUUACAUCAGCUCGCUUGCGCCCGGGAUCUUGGCGUGUCAGUGACGUUUUUGUUUAUGAUGUAAAGCGUUCAAAAGGUUAAAAAGUUAAAUUCUAAUGUUACACAAAUGUUGAAACUUUGAAGGCACUUUCGGGGGACUUGGCAGUUUUUGGAAAGAGCCAUUUUUUUUUAAAUCAUUGUCCUGAGCCGCUGCGAUUGAACUAUAACCACAUUCGGAUGAGAAAUUGUAAAUUCUAUUUAGAGGUCAUUUUGUAAAAGGAAAAAAUAAAUAGUUUAAGUUUAUUACAA